UCAACCUCUAGAUUCAACUGCACAUCCUCGUGCAACACCCAGCUAAAUCAUGCUCAAUUAAAUCCCUCGAGUCUUCGAUACCACUACCCCAGUCGUCUAGGUCGACCACUGCCAUUGGACUUUCACAUUCUGGUUGUGACACCGCUUGCAUUUGUUGCCUGCCGGCCUUCGAGAUUAUCCUUGACUGCAUCCAGUAGUUGCCUCCUUGCCUCGAUUGCCUUGCUGUCACUUGCCUCACCGGCUUCACGUCUCCUCGGUUCUACACCAAUUGGGAAGGAAAGGAAAAACAGGGGAAAAAAACCAAGAAAUAAACCUCUGCUGCAAUUAGACAUAUUGCCCGGUAGCUCGUUGACUCCGACCCGGCCCCCCGCCUCCCAAGUCAUUAAGGCUAUUGUCACCCACCGGCUUCUAUCCACACAAUGUCUGAACAAACAUUGACGUUUCCCGACCAUGUGGCAAACAAACUUGAGCCUCACCUGCCCCGUCUGGGGCCUGACCGUGUCGAAAUGCCAGCGGCAACGUCUUUGCUCCCAUUCGUCACCUUGACCUUUGCCACGUCCUUGGACUCUGGCCUUUCUCUGGCACCGGGAACCAGGACGACCCUUUCCGGUUCCCCAUCAAAGGCCAUGACCCACUAUCUUCGCAGCCGGCACGAUGCCAUCUGCAUCGGUGUGGGUACCGCCGUAGCUGACGAUCCCGGCUUGAAUUGCCGUCUGGACGGCGCUGCCUCCCAGCCCAGACCCAUCGUCAUCGACCCAGCGCUGCGCUGGAAUUUCUCGACGGAGAGCACGGUGAUGCGACUGGCGAGAGCCGGACGAGGUUUGGCACCUUUCAUCAUCACUGCGAACUGCGAACCGCAUGCGAGCCAGAAGGCACUUCUUGAAGGGCUCGGGGGGAAGUAUCUCGUCCUCCCCCCUGCUACUUUGGCAAAACAGCGGUUCCAAUGGGACGACAUCCUGCAAGUCAUCGCAGCCCAGGGAUUGCGCAGCAUCAUGGUCGAAGGGGGUGGCGAGGUUAUAAAUUCACUACUUGAACCGCAGAACGCCGGGCAUGUUGGCUCCGUUAUUGUAACCAUAGCCCCCACCUGGUUGGGUCAGGGGAGCGUGUGCGUGUGUCCCGCCCGAAGGAUGGGACCAGACGGCCAACCGGUGGCCGCAGCUCGGCUUACCGAACCCCACUGGAUUCCACUCGGGGAAGAUGUAGUUCUGUGCGGCAAACUCGCCAAAUAGAGCCAGUGCACUCCCUUCUGGAUUACAGUCAUAUCUCGGGAGAUCCCAUAGUCCGCUCACUCCCGCCCGUUUCAUCCUCCAUUGCUCCUCCUCGUGUAACCCCAGUCCCUUAACUUUCAUUGUCCACUUCCCAU